UUCCCCUCUUUGUUUCUCAGGAAUUCUCGAAUAGAAAAGGGUGGGAGUCCAACGGUUACAGUCAAAAGACGCGUUUCCUCGAUGAAUGCAGCAGUGACAAUGCAAGCCUCGGCCCUCUCGCACCGCUUGGCCUCUCCCACUCACCACCGGCCGCCGCUGGCUCUAGCCACCGCCAUUCACGGUAGAACCUCGUGUUCCUUUGCAUGUGCCAGGAAGUUCAAAUGCAUGUCUAUUUCAAACUCCGGUUCCAGCUCUAGCUCCAGCUCUGCCACUGUUAAUGAUUCAGCCAAGUUCAUGGAGGCUUCAAAAGGUGGAAAUUUGAUUCCACUUCACCGUUGCAUAUUCUCUGACCAGCUUACCCCACUUCUUGCAUACCGGUGUUUGGUUAAAGAAGAUGAUCGAGAGGCUCCAAGUUUUCUAUUUGAGUCGGUGGAGCCUGGUUUCCAGUCUUCAAGGGUGGGGCGCUAUAGCGUGGUUGGAGCACAACCAUCAGUGGAAAUUGUGGCCAAAGAAAACAAGGUCAUUGUAAUGGACCAUGAGGAAGGUAGCUUGACUGAGGAGUUUGUUGAAGAUCCCAUGAUGGUUCCAAGAAAAUUUUCAGACAGUUGGAAACCACAACUGAUUGAUGAGCUCCCAGAUGCUUUUUGUGGUGGAUGGGUUGGUUUUUUCUCAUACGAUACAGUUCGAUAUGUGGAAAAGAAAAAACUUCCAUUCCUAAAAGCACCGGAGGAUGAUAGAAACCUUGCAGACAUACAUCUUGGCCUUUAUAAGGAUGUGAUUGUUUUUGAUCACGUGGAAAAGAGGGUAUAUAUCAUUCAUUGGGUGAGGCUAGACCAGAACUCCUCUGUCAAACAAGCUUAUGAUGAAGGAAUGAAACACCUGGACAAGCUGGCUUCAAGACUACAGGAUGCUAAUCUUCCAAAGCUAUCCGCUGGUUCUGUAAAUUUACCUACUCGUCAGUUUGGUGCUUCUUUAAAGAAGUCAAACAUGACAAGUGACAAAUAUAAGAAAGCUGUUCUCCAAGCAAAAGAGCAUAUACAAGCUGGGGAUAUCUUCCAGAUUGUAUUGAGUCAACGUUUUGAACGUCGAACAUUUGCUGACCCCUUCGAAAUAUAUAGAUCAUUAAGAGUUGUUAAUCCAAGUCCAUACAUGACUUAUUUGCAAGCUAGAGGAUGUAUUCUUGUUGCAUCAAGUCCGGAGAUACUUACGCGAGUGAAAAAGAACAAGAUUGUGAAUAGACCACUGGCUGGAACAGCAAGGAGAGGGAAGACAAGAGAAGAAGAUGAGAUGACGGAAAAGCAGUUGCUCAGUGACGCAAAGCAAUGUGCGGAACACAUUAUGCUUGUCGACUUGGGAAGAAAUGAUGUUGGAAAGGUGUCGAAGUAUGGCUCAGUAAAGGUGGAGAAGCUGAUGAAUAUUGAACGAUAUUCCCAUGUAAUGCACAUCAGCUCCACGGUUACGGGUGAGUUGCAGGAAGAUCUAACUUCUUGGGAUGUCCUUCGUGCUGCACUACCUGUUGGAACUGUUAGUGGAGCACCAAAGGUUAAGGCAAUGGAGCUAAUUGAUGAGUUGGAGGUGAACAGGCGAGGCCCUUACAGUGGAGGAUUUGGUGGCGUUUCCUUUACUGGUGACAUGGACAUAGCAUUGGCCCUCAGGACAAUGGUGUUCCCAACUGGACCCCAGUAUGAUACAAUGUACUCCUACAAGGGUGCCAAUGGACGCCGCGAAUGGGUGGCUUACCUUCAAGCUGGUGCUGGUAUUGUUGCUGACAGUAAUCCCGAUGAUGAGGACUUGGAGUGCCAGAACAAAGCUGCUGGCCUCGCUCGUGCUAUCGACCUGGCAGAGUCAGCAUUUGUUGACAAAUAAUAUUUAUGUUUAUCAGGUAAAGAUGUUCAACAGCUCCAACUAACAGGCCGAGCUUUCUGCUUAACCGUUUCUUCUGUGUAAAUAAGCAGUCGCCUUUUUUUCCUCCUUUUUUUGGGCGGGGGGCGGUGGUUUGGGAUAGUGGAAGGAAGAUGCUUGGUUUAGGGGAAAUUUGUAACAUGUAAAAUAUUUCCUAGCUCCUGUUUUAAGAACUAGCUAAAAUUAAGCGCCUGUUAUAAAAUAAAUAAAUAAAUAAAGUUUUAUGUUGUUA